AUGGAAUUCGAAGACCUCCUCAAAGGAGUGGGAGAUUUCGGAAAGUUUCAGAAACUUUUAGUUAUACUCCUUUUGAUACCGGCGUCGGCUCUCAAUAUACUAUACGACUAUAUGUUUAUGUUAACGACACCCGACCACUGGUGUUAUGUCCCGCAGUUGGCCAACCUCUCCAAACACGUACAAACCCAACUCAUUAGACCACUCACUAUAGAGCAGGGAUUACCAUCAUAUGACAAGUGCCACAUGUAUGACAUUAACUAUGAUUUAGUCAACAGUACCACAGUUUUCCCGUUUAAUAACUCGUCAGACAUCAAGACCAGAGAGUGUGACAAUGGAUGGGUUUAUGAUGAGUCUGUAUUCGGAGCGACCGCAACCACCCAGUUUAAUUUAGUUUGCAAUAAUGCACAUUAUGUAAGUGUAUUGAUGUCUCUGGGAGCGAUUGGACUCGUUAUCACCACUCCUAUCUUCUCGGCCGUUACCGAUUGUUUCUCCGUUUGCCGAUUCAUCGGAGGAAGUCUUCUUGUCAUCUACUAUCAAAUCCCUUUCAUUUUAGCCGUGGAAUUUGUCGGAACGGACUAUCGGUCAAAAACUUCAAGUUUAUCAGCCAUAGGCUAUUCCUUAGGGGGGUGUAUAUUGCCGGGUGUGGUAUAUCUGACCAGUGACUGGGUUUGGUUAGCAGUGUUUCAAUUUGUGGCUACCCUUCCGUUUCUUCUAUGUUGGAGACUAGUGCCGGAAUCUGCCUCAUGGCUUAUCACACAAAAAAGGUAUUCCGAAGCCUAUGAGGUGCUGACCAAAGUGGCAAAAGUUAACGGACAGCCUGUGCCUAAAGACCUGAUGAUACAAAUUCAAAAAGUGGGAGCAAAACAGGAAGAGUCUAAGAAAACGGAGCAAAAGGACUCGACAUAUGAUUUGAUAAGAAUUCCAGAAUUACGCAAACAAUUACUCAUUUUAAUUGUGCUAUUCGUGGCCAAUGUGGUGGCCUAUGCGGGACUGGCACUCAACUCACUUAACUUUCACGGCAAUGAAUUAAUGAACUUUUUCCUACUGGCUUUGGCUGAUAUGCCGGCCCUCUUCCUGGGCUGGUAUCUCAUUGAGGGCAGACUCGGCCGUCGCUGGACUAAUACCCUGUCGUUAAUGAUCUGCGGGUUUAGUCUCUGUAUUCCUGUACUGUUAGAUCCAUCGCAGAAGACGUUAAUAACUAUACUAUCAUUGCUGGGAAAGGGAGGAACGGCUGCUUCUUAUAUGAUUAUCUUUCAACAGUCGGCUGAGAUAUUCCCCACAACUCUCCGGAGCGAAGGGAUGGGUAUUUGCUCCACAAUAAGCUCUGGUGUGGCUAUAGUUGUGCCGCAUAUCUCUUAUUUGGGAAGGUAUGGUCUGUGGAUUCCUAUGUUUAUAAUGGGUUUCGGAUGCCUUAUAGCGGGCAUAGCGUCGAGCUUUUUGCCGGAAACACUUAACGAGAAUUUACCACAAAAUAGUGCAGAAUCCAAGAAAUUUGGCAAAAAUAAGUCAUACUUUUGUUUGGCUAACGUCUCACUUAAAACACAUCUUUAAAACACAUUUAUUUUUAGACAACAAAUCAAUUGAAAACAAGUCAAACGGACUUAAAAAGAAUUAUUUUAAACAAUUUUAAUAUAAGAAUAUUUAUCUCAAUUUGUAUUAAUUUUUUAAACACAAGUAUUUAUACAUUGAAGUGGUAAUUGGUAACGGCAG